UUAUUUUUUAUUAUUAUGAAUACAUCCAAUAUUGUGAUAUGUUCUUUAGGUUACAAGAACAGCAAAUUCAAUAUUUGGCUUGAAGGCGCUCUACUCAAUUGCACAAAACUGUCUAUGUCAGACAGUCUCAAUGGAGUUAUAAAUUCAAACGAAAGACUACUUAGACUUGCCGGCUGGGUAAGCCAUUCUGUUGUUAUUGGUGACAGCGAGAAUGUUGGGUUGCCAGCAGAAGGAUUCGACAGAAGUUUACCUAAAAUUGGGAUUAAGGAAAGCCCUCAUUCUGGAAUAACCAUGUGGAGAGGCCCGGUACAGUACUCUGACAUCUGGUUUGACGGAUUCAAGUCGAACCACAAGUACGAUAUGGGGGCUAUUGCAAAGAAGAGGGGUGAUCGGUACUACUUCUCAAUAACAAAUUCGUACAGAGACAUACUGUUUGGAUUUGAUGAUGCGGAAGGUGAAGGCAAUUAUGCCAUUUCCGGUACACCGAGUGAUCCCGGUUGGAAAAAUAGUGUCGAUGGCGAACAAGUUGCUGGUUUUACCUGGUACCGUGAUACGCCGACAGAGAAAGAGAAGUGGUACGUGGUUAAACCUGAUCCUUUAUCCUCGGCAGGCGCAGACUGUCGUUUGAGACCACACUGGAGACUGGCACUCUGUAAAACAAAAUAUGGAAAUUUUCGAGUUAACGGGAAUUUCUUCCCCACGGGCGCUCGUGGUGUGUAUGUGCGUGAUGCCUAUCCUGGAGCUCAGCUUGAAUUUGUACUGGAGAAAAGUGGAGGACCACAAGUACCGAUGGACGGGAGUCAAACGUACACGUUUCAUACAGUAGGCCUGGUUCCAAAGUGGAUGGACUUUGUAGCUGAAGGAAUAGAAGUGGGUGACCUACUGAGAUUUGGAGUCUGUAUACCACCCGGAGCAAAAUGGGAACUUAAAAGCCCGUUUCCAUUUAAGGAGUUAAAAAAGCCUGAAAAUUUCAUACAAGUUGAUUCACUGGAUGAACUCGACCGGAAAGAUCCGGAAAAAGACGGAAAGAAGUUCUUCUUUGACAACAGCACUGGAAUGCUUUACUUCAAAUUUAUCGGGAACACUACAAGAGCAACAGAUGAAAAUAAAAUAUGUGGAGGUGGAAAAUGCCCGCACUUGGAAAUCAGUCUUUCUGGAAAUCUAAACGGAACUGGUGAUUGCAGAAAGAAACUUUAUGGCUCAAGGCUAACUGACUUACCACCUGCGCUACCUCUAUUCACUGAAACCUUCAAGGCAAAUGGUGGCUCAUCUCCUCCUGAGGGUUUUGGGGCAGGCGCCCAAAGACCUUUCAAAAGUCGAACUCCUGUGAACGGGAAAUAUGGCCCGUGGACAGAAUGGUCUGAAUGUUCAACAACAUGUGGCAAGGGAGUUCAGUAUAGGACACGUGAAUGCAACAACCCACUUCCGCAACAUGGAGGGAAGCCGUGCAGAUAUGCACGCAUAAGAUCCAAUAAAUGCAAUUUAGGGUCAUGUGGUAACGUAUUUUAUAUUUCAAAGAUAUUUGUUAAGGUCUUGGACCCCAAAUAGUAAUGUUUAAAGAAUGGCAUUUGUUUGGUACAUUCUUAAAGUUGACCGUGUUUCGCACUGUAUUGUAAUUUUUAAACAACUUUUACCGUGCCGUUUUUUGGUAAAUUUUGUAUAAUUCGUGAUAUUUCCUCUAGCUGAAGUAGAAACAAAUUGCAAGGUGAUGGCCACUAUCCAAAACGUUUGCAGAGAAUUCAUUUUACCAUUAAUUUUGAUAAAAGAAACAUCAAACUAUUGGUAAACAAUUAUAAAACACAAAAUAAAACUGUCAAUAUCAUUUUCUGGGGUGCUUCAAGUAAACAGGUUUAAUGAGACAGAAUCCUAACCCCAACAAUGAAAAAUUAAGGUCG